AUGGUUAGUGAUCUUUUUAAUACUCAUGAUAAUAGUUGGAAUCUUGGCCGUCUUUACUCUCUGUUCUCUGAAGAUGAUGUUGUUAGGAUCAGAUCUCUUAGGAUAAAUGUUAAUAAAAAUGAUGAAAUUAUGUGGGCACAUACAAAGAAUGGUAAGUAUACGGUUAAAUCCGCUUACAAUGCUUAUAUGAAUGAUUCUAUAAUUCCUGAAGAUGUUUCUUUCUGGAAAAGGGUGUGGUCUUUAGAUUGUCUGCCAAAAAUUAAGUUUUUCAUCUGGAAUUUUUUUGCAUAUGUGUUACCUGUCAAUUCUCUUCUCAAGUUCUACAAUCCUGCUAUUGAUGAUUGUUGUCCUUUCUGUGCAAAUGAAGCUGAAACUGUGAUGCAUCUUUUUGUUCAAUGUCUGAUUGCUUCUCACAUAUGGUUUGCUCUCUCAUUACAACAUUUAAUUAGUGGUGAUUAUAAUUGGUUAGAUGAUAUGUACAUUUCUUGGUUUGACAACAAUUUGGGCAGUUCCCCCUAUGUUGUAAAUUGGUCAAGUGUUGGUGCAGUGGUUCUUUGGUCUAUAUGGAAGCUAAGAUGUGAUGUCGUUUUCAGAAAGAUUAAAAUUAAUCUGGAUAGUACUAUAAUGGACAUUAGAAGGUCUCUUCAUACAUAUAUUGUAGUUCCCUCCAAAACAAAUAAGGUAACUAUGAUGAAAGUUAAUAUUCCUUUCCAGGAGGUUGAUCACAUUAUUUUUGUUGAUGGUUCUUUCAAAAAAUUUAACAUGAGUAUUGGUAUCGUUGUGUGUUAUAAUGCAGGAAGCAUAAAGGGAUGUAGAGCGGAUUUUGGUCUGAUUCACAGUGUUGUUGCUGCUGAGACAAUGACGCUAAUUUUGGCUUGCUCUUGGGUGAGAGAGUUGAAUCUUUCCAAUGUCCUCUUUGUUAGUGACUGUCUUCAGUUAGUUCAACUGGUGAAUGAAGGAAAGAGUGAUAUUGACUGGAGGAGUCUGCAGUUUUUAGAAGAUUAUCGGAGUUCCUUUUUUAGUUGUGUGAAUUCUAGGUUAGUUUAUGUUAAACGUGAUCGGAAUAAAAUAACUGAUGGACUUGCACGUCGAGCUAGAAAUUUCAGCUUAAAGAACAUAUGGAAUCCUUCUCCUCAUUUUCUGCAAACUUCCAUAGGAGAAGUGCCCUUAACUGAAAUAUGUAACAAUUUGUUUACUUAA